UGACGGAUACGUGAGAAGAAAACGGCGUGGUAGCUCGGAGUGUGGAAUCGGGCGCGAACCUGAGUUCUGAGAAGUGUGGAAGCGCGUCUGAGGCAGUUAAGCGCACCCUUUCCUGGGUGGAGUGUGUGCUUCUGCGCUACGUUAGCGUAGCCGAGCGGCGCUGGGCACUUGGUCAUUUUCUUCAUAGCAAGAAAGCAGAGGGGUGUUUUUCAAAUUCUAGUGUUUCUUUCUUUCUUUUUUUUUUUUUUUUUUUUUUGAGACGGAGUUUCGCUCUGUCGCCCAGGCUGGAGUGCAGUGGCGCAAUCUCGGCUCACUGCAAGCUUCGCCUCCCAGGUUCAAGCGAUUCUCCUGCCUCAGCCUCCCGAGUAGCUGGAAUUACAGGCGCCCACCACCAUACUCGCUAAUUUGUGUGUUUUUAGUACAUACGGGGUUUCACCAUGUUGGCCAAGCUAGUCUCGAACUCCUGACCUCAAGUGAUCCGCUCGUCUCAGCCUCCCAAAGUGCUGGGUUUGCAGGCGUGAGCCACCGCGCCGGGCUCAAAUUCCAGUGUUUCUUUUGCUUUUCUUUUCUUUUUUUUUUUUUUUGACUCGCUCUGUCGCCCAGGCUGGAGUGCAGUGGCCCGAUCUCGGCUCGCUGCAGUCUCCGCCUCCCGGGGCUCAGGCGAUUCUCCUCACUCAGCCUCCUGUAGCCGAGACUACAGGCGCCACCGCGCCCGGCUAAUUUUUGUAAUUUUUUAGAGACAGGAUCUCGCCUUGUUGCCCAGGCUGGUCUCGAACUCAUGGGCUCCAACGAUCCGCCCGCCCCAGCCUCCCAAGAGCUGGAAGCCCAAGCGCGAGCCCCGCGUCCGGCCGCCAGCUGCUUUCUGGGGGGCGCUCCCUGCCUCGCUUGGCUCUGUGGAGUCCGGGGCCCGGCGAUGGAACAGGCAGGUCCUCAGUCACCCAACAGCUCAGGACACUGCCGAGCGCAUCGACUUUCCCAGAAACGCUUGACCCACGCCCUCCACUCGGAAACUAGAAAAGCGGAACCCAGGGAAGGCCUGGGCCGAGACCGCCCCGUGCUGGAAAGGCUCCGCCUCGGGAUGCACGGGAAGGGAACACGCCCAGGAGGGGAGGAUGCCGCGGUUGAUCGGGGCUGUGACAGCGCGCCCUCCACACAAAGGGGACCCGGACGCAGGUCCUGCGCCGCCGUCUCUCCUAGAAAAAGCUCGUCCCGCUUCUCUCUUGCGGAGCGGAAUAACCCGGCCCCCGGCGCUCGGGCCUCGGAGCCGCACGUGCGUGCCCGAUCGCCUUCGGCUCUUUCCGGCCGCUCGGGGCGCUUCGGGAGUCCUCGGGGCCGCUUCGCUCACCUUCGGCUAUUUCCGCGUUCCUGGCGCGCCGUUGUCCCGGCAACGCGCGGCGGCUCAGCGGCCUGGCAGAGGUUUCAGCGCUGAGCAGGCCUGAGUUCCGUCAUGGCCCUCUAUUUUGACCACCAGAUAGAAGCCCCAGAUGCAGCGGGGUCACCCUCAUACAUCAGCUGGCACCCUGUCCACCCGUUCUUGGCAGUUGCUUACAUCAGCACAACCUCAGCAGGCAGCGUGGAUAUUUACCUGGAGCAAGGGGAGUGCGUGCCAGAUACACAUGUCGAGAGGCCGUUCCGGGUUGCUUCCCUGUGCUGGCACCCGACGCGGCUGGUGCUGGCUGUGGGCUGGGAGACUGGAGAAGUGACGGUGUUUAACAAGCAGGACAAGGAGCAGCACACGAUGCCCCUGACACACACAGCCGACAUCACCGUGCUCAAUUGGAGCCCCAGUGGAAACUGCCUGCUGUCUGGGGACAGGCUUGGUGUCUUGCUCUUGUGGAGGUUGGACCAAAGGGGCCGAGUGCAAGGGACGCCUCUGCUGAAACACGAGUAUGGGAAACACCUCACGCACUGCAUCUUCCGGCUCCCCCCUCCUGGCGAGGACCUGGUUCAGUUGGCAAAGGCAGCUGUGAGCGGUGAUGAGAAAGCCCUGGACAUGUUUAACUGGAAGAAGAGCAGCUCUGGAAGUUUGCUGAAGAUGGGGUCUCACCAGGGGCUGUUGUUCUUUGUCAGUCUGAUGGACGGGACAGUGCACUAUGUGGAUGAGAAGGGCAAGACCACUCAGGUGGUGUCCGCAGACAGCACGAUUCAGAUGCUGUUCUACAUGGAGAAGAGGGAGGCACUGGUUGUGGUCACAGAGAACCUCCGGCUGUCCCUGUACACGGUGCCUCCUGAGGGCAAAGCAGAAGAAGUGAUGAAGGUCAAGCUGAGCGGGAAAACCGGCCGCCGGGCAGACAUCGCUUUGAUUGAAGGCAGCCUUCUCGUGAUGGCCGUCGGGGAGGCUGCCCUCAGAUUCUGGGACAUAGAACGAGGAGAGAAUUAUAUACUGAGUCCAGAUGAGAAGUUUGGCUUUGAGAAAGGAGAGAAUAUGAACUGUGUGUGUUACUGUAAAGUCAAAGGUCUUCUGGCCGCUGGUACCGACAGAGGGCGAGUAGCCAUGUGGAGGAAAGUACCAGACUUCCUGGGCAGCCCCGGGGCAGAGGGCAAGGACAGGUGGGCCCUUCAGACCCCUACCGAGCUCCAAGGAAACAUCACGCAAAUCCAGUGGGGUUCCAGGAAGAACCUGCUGGCAGUGAACAACGUCAUCUCCGUGGCCAUCCUCAGCGAGCGGGCCAUGUCAUCACACUUCCACCAGCAAGUGGCCGCCGUGCAGGUCUCCCCGAGUCUGCUGAAUGUGUGCUUCCUGUCCACGGGGGUCGCACACAGCCUGCGCACCGACAUGCACAUCAGUGGGGUGUUUGCCACCAAGGAUGCUGUCGCAGUCUGGAACGGAAGGCAGGUGGCGAUCUUUGAGCUUUCUGGAGCCGCAAUACGGAGUGCAGGGACCUUCUUGUGUGAGACGCCCGUGUUAGCAAUGCAUGAAGAAAACGUUUACACGGUGGAGUCAAACCGAGUUCAAGUUCGAACCUGGCAGGGGACUGUCAAACAACUCCUCCUUUUCUCGGAGACUGAGGGGAAUCCCUGCUUCUUGGACAUCUGUGGGAAUUUCCUGGUUGUAGGGACAGACUUGGCUCACUUUAAAAGCUUUGAUCUUUCCCGAAGAGAGGCCAAAGCGCACUGUAGCUGCAGGAGCCUGGCGGAGCUGGUCCCUGGGGUGGGGGGCAUCGCUUCUCUGCGGUGCAGCAGCAGCGGGAGCACCAUCAGCAUCCUCCCCAGCAAGGCUGACAACAGCCCUGAUUCCAAAAUCUGCUUCUACGAUGUUGAAAUGGACACAGUGACCGUCUUUGACUUCAAGACUGGACAAAUUGAUCGGGGAGAGACGCUGUCCUUUAAUGAGCAAGAGACUAAUAAGAGCCACCUCUUUGUGGAUGAGGGACUGAAAAAUUAUGUUCCCGUGAACCACUUCUGGGACCAGAGCGAGCCCCGGCUGUUUGUAUGCGAAGCCGUGCAGGAGACGCCACGCUCCCAGCCUCAGUCUGCAAACGGGCAGCCCCAAGAUGGGCGCGCUGGCCCUGGGGCAGAUGUUUUGAUCCUGUCCUUCUUCAUUUCCGAAGAGCACGGCUUCCUGCUUCAUGAGAGCUUCCCCCGGCCUGCCGCCUCCCACAGUCUCCUGGGGAUGGAAGUGCCUUAUUACUACUUCACAAGAAAGCCCGAAGAAGCAGACAGAGAAGACGAGGUGGAGCCUGGGUGCCACCACAUCCCUCAGAUGGUGUCCAGGAGACCCCUGCGAGACUUUGUGGGGCUGGAGGACUGCGACAAGGCCACCCGGGACGCCAUGCUCCACUUCAGCUUCUUUGUCACCAUAGGAGACAUGGACGAAGCCUUCAAAUCCAUCAAGCUCAUCAAAAGUGAGGCCGUCUGGGAGAACAUGGCGCGCAUGUGCGUGAAGACCCAGCGGCUGGACGUGGCCAAGGUGUGCCUGGGGAACAUGGGCCAUGCCCGCGGGGCCCGAGCGCUGCGUGAGGCGGAGCAGGAGCCGGAGCUAGAGGCCCGUGUGGCCGUGCUGGCCACGCAGCUGGGCAUGCUGGAGGACGCCGAGCAGCUGUACAGGAAGUGCAAGCGCCACGACCUCCUGAACAAGUUCUACCAGGCUGCGGGCCGGUGGCAGGAGGCCCUCCAGGUAGCCGAGCACCACGACCGGGUGCACCUGCGCAGCACCUACCACCGCUAUGCCGGGCACCUGGAGGCCAGCGCCGACUGCAGCCGGGCCCUCAGUUACUACGAGAAGUCGGACACGCACCGCUUCGAGGUGCCCAGGAUGCUGUCGGAGGACCUGCCGUCCCUGGAGCUCUACGUGAAUAAAAUGAAGGAUAAGACCCUGUGGCGGUGGUGGGCGCAGUACCUGGAGAGCCAGGGCGAGAUGGACACCGCACUGCACUACUACGAGCUGGCCCGGGACCACUUCUCCCUGGUCCGCAUCCACUGCUUCCAGGGCAAUGUCCAGAAGGCUGCGCAAAUAGCCAACGAGACAGGAAACCUGGCGGCCUCCUACCACCUCGCCCGCCAGUACGAGAGCCAGGAGGAGGUCGGGCAGGCGGUGCACUUCUACACCCGGGCACAGGCCUUCAAGAAUGCCAUCCGCCUGUGCAAGGAGAACGGCCUGGACGACCAGCUCAUGAACUUGGCCCUGCUGAGCUCCCCCGAGGACAUGAUCGAGACGGCCCGAUACUACGAGGAGAAGGGCGUGCAGAUGGACAGGGCGGUCAUGCUGUACCACAAGGCUGGCCACUUCUCCAAGGCCCUGGAGCUGGCCUUUGCCACCCAGCAGUUUGUGGCCCUACAGCUCAUAGCAGAGGACCUGGAUGAGACGUCAGACCCUGCGCUCCUGGCCCGCUGCUCCGACUUCUUCAUCGAGCAUAGUCAGUACGAGAGGGCGGUAGAGCUGCUGCUGGCUGCCAGGAAGUAUCAGGAAGCCCUGCAGCUGUGCCUGAAGCAGAACAUGAGCAUCACCGAGGAGAUGGCGGAAAAGAUGACCGUGGCCAAGGACUCCUCGGACCUGCCUGAGGAGUCGCGGCGGGAGCUGCUGGAGCAGAUAGCAGACUGCUGCAUGCGCCAGGGCAGCUACCACCUGGCCACCAAGAAGUACACGCAGGCCGGCAACAAGCUGAAGGCCAUGAGGGCGCUGCUCAAAUCCGGAGACACAGAGAAAAUCACGUUCUUCGCGAGCGUGUCCAGGCAGAAGGAAAUCUACAUCAUGGCUGCUAACUACCUGCAGUCCCUGGACUGGCGGAAGGAGCCGGAGAUCAUGAAGAACAUCAUCGGCUUCUACACCAAGGGGCGGGCCCUGGACCUCCUGGCUGGCUUUUAUGACGCUUGUGCCCAGGUGGAGAUUGAUGAAUACCAGAACUACGACAAAGCCCACGGGGCGCUGACCGAGGCCUACAAGUGCCUGGCCAAGGCCAAGGCCAAGAGCCCCCUGGACCAGGAGACCAGGCUGGUGCAGCUGCAGAGCAGGAUGGCACUGGUGAAGAGGUUCAUCCAAGCCCGCAGGACGUACACAGAGGACCCCAAGGAGUCCAUCAAGCAGUGUGAGCUGCUCCUGGAGGAACCAGACCUGGACAGCACCAUCCGCAUCGGGGACGUCUAUGGCUUCCUGGUGGAGCACUACGUGCGGAAGGAGGAAUACCAGACGUAGAGACGGGGUUCCACCGUGUUAGCCAGGAUGGUCUCGAUCUCCUGACCUCGUGAUCCGCCCGCCUCGGCCUCCCAAAGUGCUGGGAUUACAGGCGUGAGCCACCGCGCCCGGCCUCUUUUUCAACCAUAAUUCUGUUGUAGCCAACAUAGAGAAUUGCACGCGCCUGCAUCCGUCAGACCCUGCAGCUAUGCCGAUGCCUGCAGGGCCUCUGCGCCCACCAGUCGUGUUGCCCUAGCAGAUAGUUCCCGGGGCUCACAAACUGAGUAUCGAGAAAUGAGCUUGGGAAACAUGCUGGCGACCGUGUCGGGCUCGCUGGGCUGCAGCCUCCAGAAUUCACAGGAAAGCUCCUUGGCAGUGGCUCUCCCUCAGGGCUGAAAGGUCAGCUCCGUGAGACACAGACUUCCUGGCCCGGUUGCUCACUCCCCUCUGCACCGUUCCACUUCCAUUCACUGACCCCUUUUGCUGCUGGAAAAUACAACUCAAGUCUAAUCCUAACAAGGUUUCUUUUUUGUUGUUGUUCGGUUUGGUUUUGAGACGAGGUCUUGCUCUGUCGCCCAGGCUGGAGUGCAGUGGCACAAUCACAGCUCCCUGCAGCCUCAGCCUCCCGGGUUCAAGGGAUCCUCGUGAGUGGCUGGUGUGCAGCACCGCGCCCUGCUCCAGUGGGGUUUCUGUUUCUAGGAGAACUAUAGUUUUCCGUAUAAAAGCAAAAUUGGAGUAGAGAGAUGCCCAGACUGCUAUAUCCUCCAAAUUAACAGAAAAUCCACAUUUUAAAUAUUUCAUCAACUUCUUUAUUCUAUGGUUGCUUGAAGCCUGUGGAAUUUAGUAACUCAAGAUACAAAAGAAAAAAGAAACUGGGAAGCCCAGCUAAACUGAGAAUGCCCGGGCACACGCUCCCUGGCUGCUGCUGUAGCGCCACCCGGGGUCACGUGUACCACCUCACCCAGGCCACGGCUCCUACAUCCGCUCAGCUUUCCCGCCAUCAUCCAUCAUCUGAGCACAGCCCGCACACACCCUCCUGAUGGUGGAGACCGGCAACAUUUCUGUCCCCACGUCCUGCCCUCCACCACCCCUCACCCACCUACGCCGCCUGUCCUGCCCCCCAUCCUGCCCCCCA